CACAGCCCACCGCCCUUUUGUAGUUUGUGCCGGUCUAAGCUUUCCCAGUCCCAACUCCCGUGCGUUAACUCAAUUCACUCCUGUCGUUUAUUAAACGACUCCUCAGUCCUCAGAAAAGAGCUGAACUGCGCAAGUAAGAGAUUUUGCAAAGUAGUACCGAUGGAGGAUGGGAAAAGGGUGGUGACCGUCUCAGCUCUCCAGUUCUCCUGCACUGAUGACGUCUCCACCAACGUUGCCACUGCUGAAAGAUUGGUUAGAGCAGCUUAUCAGAAGGGUGCUAAUAUCAUUCUCAUACAGGAAUUAUUUGAGGGUUACUACUUUUGUCAAGCUCAAAGGGGGGAUUUCUUUCAGCGAGCAAAGCCUUAUAAGGGACAUCCAACAAUUCUAAGAAUGCAGAAGCUCGCCAAAGAACUGGGAGUAGUGAUACCAGUUAGUUUCUUUGAGGAGGCAAACAAUGCCCAUUACAAUUCAGUAGCUGUAAUUGAUGCUGACGGAACAGAUCUUGGGCUUUAUAGAAAAUCCCACAUCCCUGACGGUCCAGGGUACCAAGAAAAGUUUUACUUUAAUCCAGGAGACACUGGUUUUAAGGUCUUCCAAACUAAAUUUGCAAAAAUUGGAGUUGCAAUUUGCUGGGAUCAAUGGUUUCCUGAGGCUGCACGAGCUAUGGUUCUUCUAGGUGCAGAAAUAUUGUUGUACCCUACUGCUAUUGGUUCUGAACCUCAAGAUGAAGGCCUUGAUUCUCGAGAUCACUGGAAGAGAGUGAUGCAAGGGCAUGCUGGGGCCAAUCUGGUGCCUUUAAUAGCUUCGAACCGCAUCGGAAAAGAGAUAAUUCAGACAGAACAUGGCAAAAGUGAAAUCAUAUUCUAUGGCAAUUCCUUUAUAGCGGGACCAACUGGAGAAAUUGUUGCAAAUGCUGAUGACAAAGAGGAAGCUGUUCUUGUGGCGAAAUUUGAUCUGGAUCAAAUCAAAUACAAGAGAUAUAGUUGGGGAGUGUUUCGCGAUCGACGUCCAGAUUUAUACAAGGUGCUAUUGACAUUAGAUGGCAGCAAUCCACCUGUGUAAUUUAUGCUGUUACAAUUUUUAGCUGAGACACUUGAAAUCAUGAGAUGGUACUCAAUUUUUUGAUGAAAGAGGAGUUUGGUUUUUGUUUUGAGACUUGGGUAUUUCUUUAGAUAGAGAACCAAUACGUAGGAGCUUAGCAAGAGUAGUAGAGUAUUCAGUAUUGGACUUCUUUAGAGAUACAAGCAUAUCUUUUGCUACUUCCAAAAGCUACACCCUGCUCUAUAUACGUUAGUUGUAUACACUACUGGCAUCUAAAAUAUCUUGGUCUUAGUAAGCAUCUAAGUCUGAGCCUCAGAUCAAGGUUUCUGAGCACUGUCACUGUGUGAGUGGCUACGUGGAACAUUUGUGUUAACAGUAUAGGACUUACCACUUGAGGAUCAAAUUCUGGAAGAUUGCAUGUGUUAGAUAUUCAAUGAUUUUUCGGACCAGUUAUUGGUGUUUUUUUUGGUCAUCAAAGUGAUGUAUCUGUACAAGGUGGUCCAUGAUAUCUUUUAUGUAAUAGUAUAUCUUGCAAUCUGAUUAACCAUUAGCUUG